CGGAGAACUGUUGAAUGUAUCUGAUAACGUAGGAAGGAGGCAACUCUUCUGUUGACUGGCCUUGCUGAUAAGUACAUGUAAGAGCCUGCAUCCCCCAAACUCCAUUUUGGGUUUGCUUUUUCUCAGGGAAGCAUCUUCUGCAUGGUUUUGCUUCCUGCACAUGAAGACGCUAGCCACCAUGCUGAGGAUUUUGGCUACUCUGACAGCAGUUCUGGGUCUUGCGAAGGGCGUGGUUGUGACCAUCCCAGAGACGUCUGUGAACACAACAGUGGGUGCAAACAUCACUCUUCCCUGCACCUAUAAAACAGCAUCUGCACCUUCUAUGAUUCAAUGGAAUUUUUAUAGUGCCAAGUACCAGCAACCGAGUGGACCAUCACCAUGCCUUUAUAGGGGUGAAAAAUCCACCAGUCAUUGUGGAAAGACUGUGUCUGUCACAGAUACACGGGGAAGAUGUAGCUGGAUUCACAAGAUUUAUAUUUGGCAGCUUGGCAAAAUCUAUUACUCUGGACAGUUUAAAGGCCGAAUCCAAGUAGCCACCAACAUGGGAAAUGCAAGUCUUUCAAUCUUCAACAUACAGCCCUCAGACACAGGCGUUUAUGGGUGUAUGGUUUUCAAUCCCAAUGACUCCAUUUCCGAAAGUGAAAAAUCAGUGACUGUCAGCGUGCUAGGUACUUAUUUUCUUUUCUUCUUUAGCAUGUCUCUGUGCUCUUCAUCUGCUAUAUCGAAUUAAAGAUUCAGUGAUUAG